CGCACCUCGCGCUGCCAGAUCACCUCAUCAAGAUGGCUGCACUCCGCACCUACUAUGCCUCCAUGGCACGCAACGCUCUCCGCAGCGCCUCGGUUCGCGGAGGCGCUGGCGUUGCAGCAGCGCGGCCAGCUCUGCUAACCGGCUCUGCUCGCGGCCUCAGCUCGUCCGCAAGCCGGCUAUCGGAUGCCCUCUUCGUGCACCGCGACACGGACUAUAACAACCCAGACCUGCCCUUCAAGUUCGAUGAGCAGAACAUGAAUUUCGCGAAGGAGAUCAUCAGCCACUACCCGCCUCAGUACAAGAAGGCGGCGGUCAUCCCGCUGUUGGACCUUGCUCAAAGGCAGAACUCGGGAUGGGUCUCGAUUUCUUGCAUGAACUACGUUGCCAAGCUGCUUGAGAUGCCGCCAAUGAGGGUAUACGAAGUUGCUACCUUUUACACGAUGUUCAACAGAGAGCCUGUCGGCAAGUACUUCUUGCAGCUGUGCACCACGACGCCAUGCAUGCUAGGCGGCGUUGGAUCCGCUGCCAUCCUUGAGGCCAUCACUAAUCAUCUCAAGAUUCAGCCGGGCCAAACGACGCCAGACAAUAUGUUCACCCUGGUCGAAGUGGAGUGCUUGGGUGCCUGCGCCAAUGCGCCAAUGGUGCAGAUCAACGAUGAUUUCUAUGAGGAUCUCACGCCCGAGUCGAUGGUUAAGAUCCUGGAUUCGCUCAAGGAAGGCAAGAAGGCCAAGCCUGGCCCACAGAGUGGGCGGCACUCGAGCGAGCCAAAGGAGGGACGGACAGCGCUGACCAGCGAACCGUACGGCCCCGGGAAGUUUUGCCGGGAAGAAUUUGCAUAGACAGGCAAUCCAUUUACAUUACGAUUCCCCAUUUACCCUUCCUUUAUCCUUGCCCUCCUCUCGAGCGU